AUGAUGCUUAUUACAAUAAGCGAAAUGAGUGCAAUGCCAGAGACUCGCAAAUUGAAAUUGAAAGCAGGAAAUUGGGGUGCGAGUUUCAAAGGGAAGAAGGAAGAAAUGGUGACGAACCUGCAAUUCUAUUUUCACGACACAUUGAGUGGGAAAAAUCCGAGUGCGAUUCGAGUGGCCGAGCCGAUUGACAAAAGCAAGUCAUCAUUGACACUCUUUGGGGUUAUCAUGAUGGCGGAUGACCCAUUAACCGAGACAGCAAACCCGAAGUCCAAAAUAGUGGGUCGGGCUCAGGGGCUUUAUGGGUCGUCAUGUCAGCAGGAACUUGGGCUUAUGAUGGCCAUGACCUUCUCCUUCAUGGACGGCCCAUACAAUGGAAGCUCCUUCGUGCUUCUUGGAAAGAACUCUGCCUUGAACCCCUUUCGUGAGAUGCCUAUUGUUGGUGGCACUGGACUCUUCCGUAUGGCACGUGGCUACGCCAUCGCCAAGACUCAUUGGUUUGAUCCCAUCACAGGUGAUGCCAUAGUCGGCUACAACGUCACCCUCCUUCAUUCAACUAUUUCUUUUAUAUAA